CCACUUGUUGGGGCUAGCUUCGGAGCGCUUGCUUGCCUGCUUGCCCUGCUUGCUUACUAACAGCCUCCAGUGAGCAAACGCUCACGUGGCUAGUGGCCAUGCCGCUCGAUGGCAUGUCCACUUUUGACUGGCAGACCCAUGAGAAAACCUUCAUUCCGCUCUUCGAUUAUUGGAGGAUGUACACGCCGAUCAAGCCGGACCUCGACUCCCCGUAUUGGCCCACCGUGAACUCCAUGGAUUGGCCCUACGGCACCAAAGGAUCAUUUAUAGGGCCUGAAGAGGCCUUGAGGGGAGGCAAUCUGAUCGGCAUGCACUUCUUCGGGACAGAGAGGAAGAUCAAGAAAUAUGCCAAGAAGCGGAACGCCGGCAUCAUCGGCGAGGGGGUGGUGGCCUUUCCACCAUGCGAGCCGCAGCCAUUCUGCGCCAUCCUUGAGGUCUUGGGGAAGAAGAUUGCAGGUGUUGAGGAAGACUGCGGGGUGCCGCCGGAAGUCGCAGCCCUCCUGCUGCCAACGGGUCAGCCUGGCCACUGGCGACGGAGAAGAGGUGCAAAGAGCGCCUUCCUGGAGCUGCCAGGCGCGGGUGACCUUCAGCCAUUGCCCGAGUUGACGAACAUUUGAGGAAUUGAAGUCUGGCCUGAGUUUAUCGAGAGCACUAGAGGCCUUCAACUGGCGCAUUACCCACAGGUGCCCACUGUCCGUGCGCAGGAGCCGAG